AUGGCUCUACUCUGCAGCGAUCUCGACGACGAGAUUAGUCAAUUCUUUUCACAGGCAUCAACCACCCGGGCAGAAUGCGACAACCUAGCCCGUACGAUGUUUGGAGGAAUGGUCGAUCCUGUUCCGGUCCAAGGGGGGACCAGCUACACCGUGGUGGCAGGGCCAAAUCGCGAGAAGAUCGUCCAGUUCCGAUACCUGGAUGCCCAGAUAGACAUGAGGAUGUUGGACCUCGCCAGACAGGUUCAUGGAGACAUUGUGCCCGAAGGUGCUGCCCUCGGCCAAAUUGGCAACGACGCGCAACAACAGCUUGCAAUAUAUCAGAUGGCCAGGCUUCCAGGGGAGAACUACGCUAUGGUGCGCACCUCUCUGACUGAAGAACUCCAAAGCCAUUUCUUUGCGCAAGCCUGGCGUCGGCCGGUGGCUCUGGACCAGUGUGCUCUUCCUGCUAUGGCUGCCGAACUCUCAAGCCGGCUCGAUGAUGUCUCCUCCUCUGGCGUUCUCACUGCUCGCUUGCAGUCGGCCCUCGACGAAGUGAGGCAGCAUCUGCCAACCCUAGUCUCUGGAGAUUUCCCGCUAGCGCUCACACACAGCGAUCUUAACGAGCUGAAUAUACUUGUCGAUGCCGGCACUGGUAUUAUCACAGGAGUCAUCGACUGGACUGAUGCGGGUAUCCAGCCCUUCGGCCUUACCCUUUACACUCUAGAAAAGUUCAUUGGCAGCAUGGGCCAGGACGGGUGGGUCUACCUUAAUAACGCCAGCGUGCUGAAGGAUGAGUUCUGGAGGGCCUUCGCUCACUAUGCUGGGCCAAUUUCCCAGUCACAGAUGGAGAGUAUUCAGAUUGCGAGAAAGGCGGGAUAUCUGCUCCGGUACGGAACAUUCUACAGCAGUAGGCACAAGGGAGUUGUAGGGAUCGACAACAUGAGCAUUGACAAGCGACGUCUAUAUCUUGAAGCAAUUCUUUAA